UCCUUGUCAGACUUGGCGUCUAUCUAUUACUGCUCACCCGAUCAAGGCGAGUCUAAAGGUGAUGUUGUGGGUGCUCACAUAGUUUGCCGACCGAGCGCCGGCCAAGAUGCGGUGUCCCCGCUUGCGCAUGUCGAGGCUAUCACUCUCCAAUUUUUAUUCGCGGAUAUCGAAAUCGUGGAUGCCCUCCCUUGGGGCGCUUUGCAGGAUGUCGUUGAUUCCCCGCACAUGCGCCACCUCUACAUCGGUCCUCUAUCGGAGGACGACCAAGCCUUUGAGAUCUUGAAGAGGAUCCUAUGUUCUGUGUUGCGCCGUACGCAGCUGACCUGGACUCUCGAGUCAGGCAAACUGCAAUUCUGCAAGUUCUAUCAUGGUUCCAUCACGAGUGCAGACAUCUUGUCUGUGCUAACGGAGCACACCAUCGACGACACCAAGAUCACCCUCGACAUCGCCGAACAAGCCGAGUGGUUGCUGCGCUCCGACGACUCGGACGUCCCGGACGACCGUCGCUUCGGUCGAGAGAAGUAUCUACGACAGCUCGUAACCGAGCGGGCGAGUGUAUCAUCUACGGACACAGCCUCCAAGACUGCACCGUCCACCGCAGAAGGCGUCCAAAACACGGCAGUCGAGCAGACCUCGCAAGCGGUGGAGAUCGAUGAGCAGGAUGGCGAGCAUGGCGAGGGAACGGGCGGCGAAGGAUACGAUGAGAUGGCAGAGGAGAGGGCGUAGGACAAAAACGAACGUCAGGCGCGGAUAGGCUGGAUGGCUGCUUAAGCUCUGAAGCAGGGACGAGCCGCGGACGGAAAUUCCCGUGCAGAUGGCCCCGCUUGUAUCGGUCGGGCGAAUUCGAGGAGAUGUGAAGGUCAAAAGGCGAUGAGAGGAAGGGGAACCGGGAUAUUGGGGGCAGGUGUGUACUCAGUGUGGCAAUGUACACGACAUACAGAGAGAGAUGCUCGAAGCGGUGUGGGUUGAAGCGAGGGCGUGAGCGUUGAAUGGCAUCGAGGCCGUGGCCACGAAGUGACAUUUCCUCACCUCGGAUUGCUAGUUUAAUUUAUCUCUUUCGAUAGCGUUUAUUCCCCUCCCCUUUGAUUAUGUUCGGUUGGAUAUUGCGUAUGAUUGCAGGCCUUGCCUUAGUCGUCGCCGAUACCCGCAGUCUUUGCGUCGGAUUUUUGUAUGCCUUACAUAUGAAGGCCGAAGGUGGAUAAAAUAAAUAUCUUGUUUUCGCAAUG